AUAUUUUCUAUUCUAAUAGUAUUUUCUGUUCUGCUUCCAGGUGUAAGCCAAAUAUUGUGUAAUACUGGACAGCUACUCACCUAGUAAAUUAAGAGCAGCGCAGUACUUGACCAAGGCAAAAUGGGCAUCAAAAGUAUUCCACUGUAGUUCAGGAGAUGGUAAAGGUAUCCUAUGACUAAUGGAAACUUCCUGCAGCAUUAGAUGAGAUGCCUGAAGCCACGGGUGUCACAGUGGUGCAGAGAAAUUUCCCCUUCUAAUGCAACUUAUUCAUGAGUGAGGAGCUGGAAAUAGCUGGACAGGUGCUGCCUUGGUUUCAUCUUUCAACAUGACCAAUCCCCAGCCUCCUAUAGAAGGUGGAGUCUCAGAAGUUGAAAUAAUUUCACAGCAGAUAGAAGAAGAGACCAGAAGCGUAGCACCUGUGCAGCUUGUUAACUUUGCCUAUCGGGAUUUACCGCUGGCUGCACUAGAUCUGUCUGUAGCAGGUUCCCAGCUCUUGCCAAAUCUGGAUGAGGAGUACCAAAGAGAAGGGUCUAACUGGCUUAAGCCGUGCUGCGGGAGGCGAGCGGCCGUGUGGCAGGUAUUUUUGCUCAGUGCAAGUCUCAACAGUUUCCUGGUAGCCUGUGUAGUAUUGGUGGUGAUUCUUCUGACUCUGGAACUCCUAAUAGAUAUAAAGCUUCUCCAGUUUUCAAGCGCAUCACAAUUUGCUGGAGUUAUUCACUGGAUCAGUCUGGUUAUCCUAUCUAUCUUCCUUUCAGAGACAAUUUUGAGAAUAGUGGUACUUGGUAUAUGGGACUAUAUUGAAAACAAAAUAGAGGUAUUCGAUGGUGCCGUGAUCAUCUUGUCUUUGGCUCCUAUGGUGGCAUCUACAGUGGCUAAUGGACCAAGCAGUCCAUGGGAUGCUAUUAGUCUUAUUAUUACUCUGAGAAUCUGGAGAGUCAAGAGAAUUAUUGAUGCCUAUGUACUGCCCGUUAAAGUGGAAAUGGAGAUGGUGAUUCAACAGUAUGAGAAAGCAAAGGUCAUUCAAGAUGAGCAGCUGGAAAGACUGACCCACAUCUGUCAAGAACAGGGGUUUGAAAUUAGACAGCUGAGGGCUCACCUGGCGCAGCAGGAUCUGGAUCUGGCAGUUGAACGGGAGGCCGCUUUGCAGGCACCUCACGUGCUGAAGAAGCAGACGGGCAACCGAUACAAAGUGGUGGCCACCGGAGGCGAUUCCGACGAUGAAACUACUGGGAACAUCACAGAGUUGCGGCCGGCUCGGGAGACAGUGGUGAAAGACGACAUGAACAACUACAUCAGCCAGUACUACAAUGAGCCCAGCAGUGACAGCGGUGUCCCUGAAGGAGCCUUCUGCGUCAUUACGACAGCGGCCAUUGACGUGCACCAGCCUAACGUCUCCUCCGAUCUCUUCAUGGCGGAUGUGCCGAUGAAGAUCAUGGAGAGCAACGGGAUUUCCACCAGCGCGGCCUCCGGCAGUGCCUCCAGGUCCACGGACAGCUCAGUCACCAGAGCCCGGAGCGACAGCAGCCAGACGUUUGGCUCCUCCACGGACUGCAGUACGACCCGGGAGGAAUCCUCCGAGUAUUGCCCCUUGAAGCGGGCCUGCCAGGUCGCCCAGGGUGACCGGGCCAGUUCUUCUUUGCCCCAUCACAGAGUCAGUAAUGCCGUCGUGCAAGAGCUGCUGUCCUCCUUAUCGGAAGACUCCUGCUUAACCCAAAAAGGACUGGAUCCCGUUAACCUUAAGCUGCCCAGCCCGGCGGGGUCUGCCACAGCCAGCCCCGAGCUGGAGCGCCGCGUCAAUAUCUACAACAAAAAGAACCAAGAAAACUUUGGGGUGUUUCAGAAAAAGCCAGUAAUCCACUUCCAGCAAAACACCCAGAUGAUCGAGAAGUACGCGUCUUUGGAAUCCAAAGAGCAGAAGUUCAACAGCGUCCCAGACUCCUAGUCCUUUUGUUGAGUUGAGGUUAAGACAGAUGAACAGACGGUUAUUUGCCACGGGCGGGGCACGCUGAAGCUUUACAACGGGGCCCACAGAACCAUUCCAGGAUGGAUUUUGUGUGUGGAUUCAGGAGUUGAAAAUUCAUUUUUCAAAAUGCAUGAGUUGUGAAAGCCAGCACGAAAAACUUGACAUUUCUGCCACCUGAAGUCUUCGGGCUUCACCCUCAAGGAAGUAUUUGGGGGCAGGGGAGGUGAACACUGUUAAAACAAUGACCUUAAAGAUGUAUAGAUUCUUAAGGUGUGCUUUUUUAAGCCAAGCGAACACAAAUCCCGCAAUUUUUAUUGAACUUCGAACUAUCUUCUAUCAGGUCAGGUUUCACCAGGGUACAGUACAAACUCACAUCUUUCCUCUAACGAUUUCUUACAAUGUCCCUUUGUAUGUGACCAAUUAUAAAUCCCUUUGUAUAAGUAUUGACAAUUAUUUUUGAUCUUCCUGGGGAGGAAAAAAAAAAGCCCGUUUUU